AUGGUUGCUACAGGGGAUAUGUCGGGGAACGUGCCCGGCACGGUUCAUCUGGUCGACUUGGACCAUACCAUGCACACUCGACACGCGCAGGGAGCCCAACAAGAUAUCAUUCUUGUGCCAACUCCUUCCAAAGAUCCCAAUGACCCUCUUAAUUGGUCCCCCCGAAGAAAGAUGAUGUCCAGCAUUUGUUCGAAUCUCUACACAUGGUUCACAGGCGUAGCUGUUUCCACUGUCUACUCAGUGCUUGUCCCGCUGUCUGAGAAGAGCGGCGUCUCUGUGGCCACGCUCAACGAAGGGACCGGCUAUAUGUUUCUCUUCCUCGGUUGGGGUCUCUUGUUUUGGCAGCCCUUUGCUCUAAGGUACGGCAAACGUCCUGCCUACCUCAUCUCCAUUCUUGGUGGUAUCGUAAGCACUGAUUUUGGAAGUGGCUAUGUGAAAAGCAAUGGUGAAUGGAUAGCAAGGUGCAUUCUCAUGGGUUUCUUCAUUGCUCCCAUCGAGGCUCUUCCCGAGAUCUCCGUCACCGAUAUUUACUUCACUCACCAGCGAGGAACGUGGAUGGGUGUGUAUGCCUUUACACUCGCAGGCAGUAACUAUUUCACUCCCGUCAUCUGCGGCUUCAUCGCCGAAUAUCAGGGUUGGAGAUGGCCGUUCUACUGGGCUUCCAUUUUCCUGGGGGUCGUGUUUGUCUUCCUGUUCUUCUUCAUGGAAGAGACAAACUACAACCGGAAAACAUCUGGAAUCGUCUCCGAGGUGGACACGCCUCCACCUGAGUCGACUGAGGCAGCCGAUGCUGAGAAGAACCCGAAUUCUACCAACUCCAACGCUGUUCCCUCGUUGUCUGAGGACGGAGAGGUCUUCGCUCCCCCAAAGACCUUUACACAGAAACUUGCGCUAUGGAAUCCAACUCCCGGAAAGAGCAUGAUUGCCCGGGCCAUUCGAAGCCUGAAAUAUCUUGGUUGGCCCGUCAUCUUCUAUGCCGGGUUUUCCUAUGGUUCCUACCUGAUCUGGUUCAACGUCCUCAACGCCACCGCCUCCAUCAUCUUGAGCGGCGAUCCAUACAAUUUCUCGGCAUCAAUGGUUGGCCUCAGUUAUCUGUCAUGUACUAUUGGUGUCGUCGUGGGCUCCCUGCUGUCUGGCAAACUGAGCGAUUGGUUGACAAUCAAGCUCGCGCGUCGCAACAACGGUAUCAUGGAAGCUGAACACCGCCUAUGGCCAUUCCUUCUGUGUGUGAUUGUCGUGCCUGCGUCUUUGAUCCUUUGGGGCGUUGGCGCUGCACAUGGCAUCCAUUGGUUCGGCCUCAUAUUUGCUCUCGGCACACUCGCAUGCACCACCACGUUCGGAGUUACACUUAGCGUCAACUAUCUCAUUGACAGCUACCACGACAUCAGUGGAGAUGCGCUGGUGACCGUCAUCAUCGUUCGCAACACCAUGUCUUUCGCCAUUAGCUACGGGAUCACGCCGUGGUUGACGAACUUGGGCUACCAAAACUGCUUCAUUUCUGCUGCCUUCGUCGGUAUGGCAGCAUCUUCGGCCUUCUUCAUCAUGAUCAAGUUUGGCAAGAUGUUUCGGGUCAAGAGCGCAGCCAGAUAUUGGGAAAUCGUUAGCGAAGAGAAGGCCGCUGAAUUCAAAUAA